CAAUUAGUACUAGCCUGACCGGAAAAUGAGCGCUCUAACUCUGGAGUUUAGUGAAGUUUUGCUCGGCAUGUGGAAAAUAGUUUGCCCGGUAAAUUCUGGCGUGUGAGCGCUGCGGGAAUGAUUCUGUUGCUGCUCUUUUGUGCAGUGUCGGCGAUUGAAUGGGACGCGCCUUCGCCCUACGACCCUGUGUGGCUGGCCAGUGUGCAGGAAUACGGCUCCGUGCCCUCCCUUAAUGAGACCAGGUUCUGGUUCUGGGGAUGGAGUUGGAGCUGGUUCAAGGAAGAAGAUGUGCAGUUCAAGCUCUUUACUAGGCGCAACCCGUACGAGUUCCAAGUUCUAAAGACUAACGAUUCAUUAUCUUUAUGGGACUCUAAUUUCGACUUUAAUAACAAAGUUAAAGUUCUCGCCCACGGAUGGCUUAACAACGCCGAUGGUCCGAUGCCAGAAUCGAUUAAAGAAGCAUACCUCAACAUAAGCGACUUGAACAUCAUAGUGGUAGAUUGGGGCAACGCGGCCAAUGUGAACUACGUCCUAGCGAGCUAUAACGUUGCUAUGGUGGGGAGGCUGCUCACAGAGUUUCUGAACUUUCUCAUUGAAGAGGGAGUGUCUAUGGAUGACGUCCAUCUUAUAGGACACAGUCUUGGAGCGCAUGUUGUUGGCAUCGCGGGCGAUCACGUGAAAUAUGGACCUGUGGAUACAAUUACAGGUCUGGAUCCUGCGAAGCCGCUCUUCUCGCUAAGCAACAAAGACGCACGCCUGGACAAGCACGACGCUCGACACGUCGAGGUCAUCCACACUUGCGGGGGUUAUUUGGGGUUCUCCGACCCUUUGGGGCACAUUGACUUCUACCCGAACGGGGGCACGCGGCAGCCGGGCUGCGGGUACGAUUAUAGAGGUCUAUGUGCCCACAACCGGGCGCACAUGUUUUUCGCGGAGUCCAUCAUAUCGGAUGUGCCAUUCACGGCGGUCCGGUGCCGAGACUACGAUGAAUUGUACUACAAUGGUUCCUGCGAGGGCACCGGUGAGACGCUUAUCAUGGGAGGCUUCGAUAUACACUACGGGAAGGAUGGAAUUUACUACCUCAAGACCAACGCUGAAAAACCCUACGCUCUCGGGGAGCCGACGUGAAAUGCGGUAAAAUAUUAAUUCUUUGCUUUGCCAACUUCGCCUAUAAAUUAAAUUUUCAUGAGAAUGAUUGCGAGGUGCCGUUUUACAUAAUUUGUUAGAGACAGGAGCCGGGUCGUCAGGGUGCCCACUGUGGCUCAGCCAAAGUGUGUACUAUGUAAUGUAAUUCUACCGGGACAGUCUAAUUUCCUAAACUUCUUAUUCAAUGGCUGAGUGUUGCUCGAUGAAUGUUCUUCCUAAAGUUAAGGAUGGUUUUCAUUAUUUCUGAUGAUGUCAACGAACUAUUGUUAAUUUAAAUAAAUAAUAACGCGUAAUUAUUAACGAUGGCCACAAAAGUAAGCCGCGCGCUGUGGUAAGCCGCUCUUUUCAUCGAUAACGUAAAAUCUGAUGUAGGGGAAGGUUGCUAUUUGCUAUCAUUGGACCACUUAACUUCGCUGCUCUUUUUUUAAGGUUUUUAAGGUUUUAAGUCAAAAAAUAAAACUAGUUUGAGAAGUUUUAAUUAUUGACAUCUAUUUAUGAAUUACCUUAUUCACAAUAAAAAAAAGUAUAACAAAUUUAGUGAAAAAUCGCGAAAAAGUUUUCAUCAGCUGUUGUCUUCUUUGGACCAGAGUCGCCUUCAUUGGACCACAAAGUCGCCAUCAAUGGACUUAGCAAAUUUAGGCCAAUGGUCCAAUCAAGGAAACUUCGACAAAAAAAAAAUUAAAUACGGGUGAUUAAUUCUAAAAAAGAAGUUGCCAUGGUUGGACCGGUCCGAUGAUAGAACCCACAGGUGGUCUAUUGAUAGGAAUUAGGUAUCACAUCACAAAUAUAAAUAUUAAAAAAUAGAGAAAACAAAUGCCUGGAAACUGAUGUUUUAAAUUUGCUCUUGUAUUAAUAAAUGUUUAAGCAUUAUACGUGAACACACAAAUUCAAUUGCCAAUGUAUUUAUACUUUCGUGAUUUUAUUCCUUCGCGUAAUUUAACUUCAACAGCGCUCGAAACACACUUGAACGUGUCACUCUUUUCCGGGAAGUGAGGCGCGACUGAGGUUACGGGGUGGUCCAAGGUUAGGCAUAAGGUCACCUUGUACCUUACUGGAUUCCAUCUAGCACGAUUAGAUUUUGAAAUAUUUAAGUGGUCCAAUCAAAGCGCUGGUCCAAUGAUCGCAACCUUCCCCUAGGUACAUAAUAAUAUUUUUACACAAAG